AUGAAUCCUAAUCACUUGCACUAUAACCCAAACGGGAACGCGCCAUUAUAUGACAGAACUGUGCCCAACACUCAAAAUUUGACUGAACGACGAAUUGAUUCUACUACAAAUCGGAAUGUUGUUUGGGAGCCUUACGGAAUUAACACUCCAAGAGGGGUGGUCACUAAUAAUGAGCCGAUGCAAACUCAAAAUCCCAAUCAACGACGAAUUGAUUCUACUACAAAUCAGACUGUUGUAUGGGAACCUUAUGGAAUUAAGAAUCCACGUAGGGCAGUCACAAAUGAUGAGCUAAUGCAAACUCAAAACAGUAAAAUCGACGAAGAUUGGCUCCAUGCAUAUGCAACAUUCUCACCCUAUAGAACAUCGAAUCAAGACUAUGGUUAUCGAACAUCGAAUAUUCAUUUCAUUCCAAAUCAGCCGAAUAGCUACAAUCAAGUACCAAAUGAUCCACGUCAAAAUUCAAUGAAUGUAAACACAAGUGAUCGGGAUUUCCCACAGUCGUCUAUGUUGAAUCUUCUGGCUAAAAAUGGCUUACCACCACUUGCAUAUAGACCAUCGAAACGAUCUCAGGAUGCCUAA